AUCAGUAAUUAUUCAGCAAUGUUUUGCACAAGAAAUGUCAGCCAGAAAGGGCUAUCUUCAUCCUCCGUCAAAUUAUACCACAACGAUGACAUGCCCCAACAACCAAGCUGGAAAUUCGUUUUUCGUGGACUCCUUAAUCAACGUGAGAACCGACAGCGGUUCAUAUUACCAGAGUAACGGGGUGUAUUUGCCACCGGCGUCGGAAUAUUCAUAUGGACUCUCCGGUGGCUCUUGUUUCCCGGGGAUCGGUAAGCGCAACGAGCCAAGCACCCAAAGCGUGAUCCCGUCUUCUGCUCCGUAUGUUCAGGGGAUGGAAACGUGGCUGGAAACGUCGAGAUCCUGUCGGGUGGAUCAGCCCAGCGGCCAGCAUAUGGCUCAGUGUUCAUUCUCACCGAAUAUAAAAGAGGAGAGCGCCUAUUGCCUUUAUGAGUCUGACAAAUGCCCUAAAGGAGCAACAGUAGAUGACAUUUCCUACUCGUCUGCAUCAUGCCCGGUUACCGGCACAUCUUUGCCAGUCCCCGGCUACUUCCGCCUGUCUCAGACAUAUGCGUCCUCCAGGCUUUACCAUGAUGUCCAGCCAAACAUGAAUCAAUUUACUCUGCAACGUCCUACCCGCGUGGACAGCCAGUCCUCUCAGCCUCAGACUGCCUCUGCUGAGCCGGAGCGCAGGGAGAGCCACGAGGAGGCGCCUGUCCCUGCGCCUUGCGCCCCGGCCGGAGAGGAGGACAGCCGCCUCUCCUCAGAAAGCUCAUCUUCCCCUGAACCCGCUGAGACUUGCAGCGCGGAGUGUCCAGAAAAGCCCGUCAAAGGGGAUGGAAAAAUGGAAAGCACGGCCAACUGGCUCACAGCUAAGAGUGGCCGAAAGAAGCGCUGCCCCUACACCAAGCACCAGACUCUGGAGCUGGAGAAGGAGUUUCUCUUCAACAUGUACUUGACUAGGGAGCGUCGUCUGGAGAUCAGCCGCAGUGUGCACCUCACUGACAGGCAAGUCAAAAUCUGGUUCCAAAACAGGAGGAUGAAACUGAAAAAAAUGAGCCGGGAGAAUAGGAUCCGAGAGCUCUCCAGCAACUUCAGUUUCUCUUGAGACUGUCUGCGUCUUUGGCGCCCUCCUCCAUCCAUGGCAAGGGCGCCUGUGCAGAGCCUCCCAACCCAACUGUGAGAAUGUCCAUGGAAAAUAGGACCCUACUGCUAACUUAUUGAUUGUUGUUCUUUCUAAUUUUCACGUCUGUUUUAUUUUUUGUCGUGGAUAUGUAUUUAUAAAUGGCUACAUUUGUAAAGUUGUGUUGAAACUGUUCAGAAUGUGACCACAAUGUUUCAGAGCUUCAGGCUUGUACAUACUGUAUAGUCAACCUGAGUGAACCAUUGGAAUUUGCAUGCUGGACCAACCCUUGGGAUACUUGUGUUACAGUUACAUGUAGACCUUUAUGUGACAGCUAAGGAGCCCAAGAGGUCUGAUGAAUAUUUGCACAUUUUGCUGGUCAAAUUAAUAAAACCAUCCCUGCAACUGC